UCUCAGCCAUGAAGACACUUGUCCUUCUCUCUUCCCUUGUCCUGCUGGCUUACCUGGCCCAGGCUGAUUCCAUCCCUGAAGCAACUGGAGAGACUAAAAAUGAGGAUCAGCCUGGGGUAGAGGACCAGGAUGUGUCCAUCUCCUUUGGAGGCCCAGAAGGCUCUGCUCUUCAAGAAGCAGCCUCAAGGAAGCUCUUGACAUGCUACUGUCGAAGGCGAUCCUGCAAAAUACUGGAACGAAUCAGUGGGAUCUGCACCAGGGGUAGGAAAACCUACGUGUUCUGCUGCCGCUGA